GAGGAAAGGAAAGAGAAAGGAAACAACAGGUUCUUCACACCCAUACAAUUUUAUAUGGGAAAGGGGAAUUAGGGGCUUCCAACAGGCUUCUUCCGGGAACACGGGGUUGCCUGAUAUCGUAUGACUCCGGACAUCGUACGACUCCGGAUAGGCGAUGUUGCGCAAGCAUGCGGGAUCUGGGAAUAGCUUCAUAUUCGGGUUUGCCGGGAUCCGGCGCCUAGCGCUGUUGUCAAUAUCCGUGAGGGCUUCGCCCAAACAUACUCAUGAGGUUAGCUCAUAACACCGGGCAUUGAACCUGAUGUAUUCAACAGGAAGAGGGACAACCAAAUACCCAUCUCGUCGCUUAGCCUCCCCACCUAGCGGUUGGGAGUCUGCCGGGGCUCAACGUACACCGGAGCUCAACGUACAAAAUUGUAAAAAUCGCAACCCGGCAUUUUCCACCGUCCAAAACACCGCAAAAAUGACCGCUGAGCAAUACAAUAAUCACCAAGGCUGUUUACGCCGCGUGAAUUUGGAGUUUCUCGCUCGAGGCUCUAUCGCCGGAUUAACGGGACACCCUCUCGCUCAACCCGACUCGCAGCGAAUAGAUAAUAUGGGCGCUGCACCUACACCACGCCAAAUCGAAGAAAACGCGAAUUAUUUGAUUACGAAGGAUUGGACCGGUCAGGGUGAGCCACGAAGAGCUGGCAAGGACUGGGUUUAUGAAUAUCUUAAGCGCUUGCCAAAAGAAUAUCAACGAAUUGUACAACAACCUCAAGAAGUCGAUCGUACGGCCGCUGAGCACUACGGGCAAAUUGAACGGUGGUUUAUUGACUUAAAAAUCACUAUGAAAAACCUCAAAAUUACACCUGCAAAUCUAUGGAACUUUGACGAGACCGGAUUCAUUGUUGGACAAGGAAAAAAGGAAGCAGUGGUCACAGCAUACCCAAAAACAUCAAAAAGAAUUUCUAGUCUGUCUUCUCGCGAAUCUCUCACCGUCGUUGAGUCUAUAAACGCCGAAGGAAAGGUUAUACCGCCGUUAAUUAUCCCAAAGGGUGUUGUACAUCUGGAGGAAUGGUAUAAGCAUAUAAAAGAUGAGGAUUGGCUUAUUGCACCAGCUUCAAAUGGCUUUAUCACGGAUGAGAUUGCAUUUGAAUGGUUACAACAUUUUAAUCGGUUUACGGACGAUGGCAAGAAUUGGCGGUUAUUAAUCAUGGAUAAUCAUACAACUCAUCUCACGAUACCGUUUCUUGAUUAUUGCAAAAUGUGUCGCAUUCAAGUAUUUGCUUUUCCUGCGCAUUCUACUCAUCUUUUACAACCGCUUGAUGGAGUCCCAUUUCAACAAUAUAAACAUGUUCACGGACGAGUGGUGAAUAAGAUUGCUCGGCUUGGUGGCUUCGAUUUUGAUAAAAAUGACUUUUUUAAGGAGCUACACGAUAUCCGGAUAGAGACCUUUACACCACGAAUUAUCCGCCAUGGUUGGAAAGAUCGUGGGAUUUGGCCUUACAAUCCUCGCGCUGUAUUAGACCUCAUGGUCCAACCUGAGGAUACGAUUAUUGAUGAUGGAAAUACGUUAAAAAUCUAUGGUGAGAAUGAUGAUACGAUUCCCAGCUCACCAACCAUCAAGUCGAUAUCACCUCCUUCAUCCGUGCAAAAACUACGUCGCUAUGUCAACAAGAUCGAGAAAUCACUUGAUGGCAUAAAGGAUAUCUUAGAUGAGAGCAGCCCGGGCCUCAUACGCCGUAUAAAAACGGUUAACCAAGGGAGUCUUAUAAUGGCUGAUUUGGGUGAGCUACACCGUGAGAACUUCACACGGAUUCGUGAUACUGCCGAACGUAAGGCUGCAAAAAAAACUAAGCGCCAGUUUAAGGCCGUUGGUGCGCUUUAUGUAAAAGAUGCAAACCGCCUCAUAAAACGCCGCCAUGAUGGAGAUUUGAUGAAAAUUCAUAAACUGUGGGUGCACUAAGGUGCAUAUACGUACGUACGAAGCACUUGAGUCAAUCUCAAUAGGUGAUUCUUUCAGUU